GUCGCGCCGGCCAAUCGGCAUUCCCACUUCCUUUCUCGAUUCUCCCACCCAUAUGGAUCACAUUGUAUCUCCGCUCCUGAUGCUUACGGCCCGGCGGACAGGAGCUCAACUCUGCAAGACAUGCUGACCUCGUGUGCCUCUUUAUGACCGCGCCGUAGCUUUCGAUCUUGCGAUCUGGAACGGGUGUCAGAGAGGUAUCGGUCUCUUAGGUAUCCAGCAGCCAUCAUCCCUUGACAUUGGUUCGUCCCUCUGAGAAUGCCAGGGGAAUCUGUUUUGCAUUGAAGCGAGAGAGCUCUGAGACCAGUAAACUGCCAAUAUCUUUGAUUACAGUAUGCGCAAACAAGGAACAAUCGACGACAGGAUUGGACAACAAUGGGGCACCGUUUAGGAUCCUGAAACUACGUGAAGAAAUAUUAACAUUCGCAACUCAUCCUCCAUGCUGCCAUUGUUGACUCGACGUGCCAUAUCGUGUACGGUAGCCUGGUGGUGCCAGGGUCCGGGGUGGGGAGCGAGGACCGGACCGGACAGCCCCGGCCACGCCUCGUUUCGUUGCAGUGAAGUCGGUUGUCGCAUGUCGAUGGGCAAGAUCGUCGCUCCAAGCUUGAACGACAUUUGGACCCUUCGACGUCAUGUCAUAAAUGGUGAUGUCGGAGGCAAUGAAAUAACUCAGGCUUUGUCGACAGUUACAAGAUCGACCCUUGUCGUUUGGCGAGCGGGUGAGGCAAGCGAGCUGGAGGGAUCUCUGGAUACACGAAUGCAAGAUGUGUGCACGUUUCUCGCCAAGUCGGUAAUGGCAAUUCCAUAUAACACAGCGCAACUUUGGCAACGGCAAUAUCACGACAAUUUGCAACUGGCGGCUGAAUUCAAGGACGCGUAGACAGAUUCAGCUUUUCGGACACACCUGGACCAAGGCCUGCAAAGUGAGGUUUUCCCGUUCGAGACAGACCGCGUCCACUCAGAUGACCGUCAAACAAAACCAAGGCAAUGCGAACAUCACUUUCACACCACCAUCUCUGCCCGCGAGACCGCAUCACGAUCCCAAACUAACCCCGCGCUGUCGACGCAUGUCGCGUGGACAACGGGUCGUCAAAUCUUCACUCCUCAGCCCUCACUUGGAAAUCAAGCAGAACCAACUCGCGACGCCAUGCAUCCAUAAUUUCCUUCCUCACCACGGCCCCAACAAGGGAACC